AUACGUGUUCUGGCAUAUGAAUUUAUCACUGUAUCUGUCCGACACAGUGUCCGAGUAUGACCAUUGGUCAACUUAUAUCCGUAGUCUGUUGAUUUACCGGAGAAAAAAAUAAGAAAAAAAACUGUAUAAUAAUCCAUCGGCCAGUUCGGCAAAGAGCAUUUGACCCUUAACCGUCCUAUGAAAUACUUCGUAUCAACAAAGACUUUCGCAAACAAGCAUGGGAUUCCAAAGGAUAUCCUUCAUUUGUUUAGUUUUUAUUUGUUAUUUUAAAUCAAGUGUGGAACAGGGAAAUCAGCCAUGCUUUGUCAACCAGUUUGAGAUGGAAAAGAACUUUACUUUGACUGAUUUCGAAGGAGAAUGGUAUGUCAUCUCGAUCAGAAAUCGAUUGACGGCCCAGAGUGGCGGGGCGUUUUUGGGCUCGAGUAUGAGGCACCGGUAUUCCCUGGGCUCAUAUGGAAGGCUUACACUAGAAACAAACAUUCAGACUGCGACGCUUGGUUGCAUGCGAUUUGAGAGCACAGCAACACCGGACCCCUUUUCAAAUAUGACCAAGUUCACUAUAGUGUCCAACAAUGCAGCUUUGAGGAGACGCGUGUUUGGAAACAAGAUCUGGAUAGUCCGGACCAACCAUAGAGGGUUCGCUGUAGUAUACUCGUGUGCUUACGUACGUGCGGACGGCACAGUGUGAAGAGCCAACUGUGUACACAUUGAACAGGAACUGGAACGGACACACACCGGAAGAGUUAAAACAGAUCAACGAGGCCCUAGCAUCUGUCUGCGUGCAUCCAUCCACUCUCAUACCUGUAGUCCAAAAUGGCGAAUGUGUUGUUGUAAACGAGACGGUUAGGCCAACACCAACAACCAACCAGGCAGAGACACCCAUGUCACCUUGGAUGAACAUAGCCAGACAAUGGAUGAAUGCAAUGGGCUGAAAAGGUGUCUGAGCCGAAGUCGUGACGUCAUAGUUUACUAUACAUAUAUUCUUGAUACCAUUGUGCUGAACUUUUGAACUAAAACUAUUACUUGUGUGGGACAUCUUAAAACUGUCAUCUCAAGGGAGGUAAUGCCGAUGAUUAGUAGUGAUUUUGACUUGAUUAUUGAAUAAAUGUACUUACAUAUGAAAUGA